AUGCUUCGCAUGUUAUUUGAAAAUUCUUGCCGAUUAAGACUGUACCCUUGUGCUUCUUGGUCCUUGAAGAGCGUCCGAUUUCUCCAGCUUUCCAGGAUGAAUUUCCAAGAGGAGCUUCAGAAGCUGCAAACCAAUCCCUACUUCGAGAAAUACUCGGAAAAAAUUGCGAAAUUGAAGCAGACGUCACCGAACGAAUUUCUGGCGAGAAUUGAGAAUUCUGUGAAGAUCAGAAAGACAGAGGAAUCAAGAACUGACAGCAGAAAAAUUAGCACUCAACCUGGUCAAGCGAGAAAUGAAAUUCUUGGUUAUCGCAAGAAGACAUUGAGCCAAGUGGUGAAAAUGGAAUUAUUGACCGGGAAAACCAAGACGGAAAUCGUUGAUAUUUGGUCGGAAUAUCACUCCAACAAAGACUGUUUGAUUGGCGCAGUUGUUCCUUGCGAAAGUUACUCAUGUUUGGAGGAAAAUGGCACGCAUUUUCCGAUGUUUUUGCUGCCUUUGCCGAGGGAAAACGGUUAUGAAUUUUUUGUUGUGCAGUUUUCUUCCGAGGAGUUUCACUUCACAUCGUUGAUCAACUAUCAGGCUCACCAAGAAAAUGCGCCUGAAUGUUUGUCGCUAUCGUUCUUUCCUGACUUCAGAGAUGAACACGGAAUUGUGCUCAUGCGAGGAGAAUACGACAAGAACGUUUUGUCUGCCAUCGAAGCAAGGUGUCUCGUGAAUCAAAUUCAACUCUACUACGACGGCAAAGACUCGAAGAAAUAUCAGCUCUUGCAACGAUUCACCAAGAGUCCGAACGAAUUUAAGCAUAUGGAUCUUGUUUCGGAAUUAGAAAGUAUUUCGUUGCGAUAAAUUCAGUAGAAAUUCAUAGUCUCUUUGAAUGAAAAUAUUUCCGAGCUUUUAGGAAUAUAAUGCGUUUUCUGUGAUUCUUGA